AUGACACUCUUACUUGAGACCUACAUCAGCGAGAUCACCGAUCGUCCCUUAACUGACACCAUCCACGCAAUCGCCGAGCUCUUCCCAGGUCUUAAAGGAAGCGUCUCACCCAAAUGCAAAUACCUCAUCACACACCCCGACUACUCAGGGGAAGCGCUUCUCAACGAUCUGGGCAAGCUCUUCCUCAACUGUGCCGAACAGUGCAAGAACGAGCACGCCUCAUUCCAGAUUCGUUUGCUGCACCACUCCCUCGAUGACCCCUUUGAAAAUCUUUACAGAGAACUGUAUAAAGAGGCCAAAGAGGGGGUGCUUAAUGGGACGAUUGUGCAGGAACCGAGCACCGAAGAGGGUUGUGCCUGCUGCCGUGGCGACCCCGACGCAACGAUACUCUCAGGAUUUCAUGAUGGUAAUGCUUUCUAUUAUCCCGAAGAAGAGUACCGGGGUAUUUGGGGAGACCAGAGUGAACGUGGAUCAUCCACUUAUUAUGAUGAGGGGAGACGUGUGUCGCAUUUGAUGGCUUCAAAGGAACAGGUUGAGGAGGCGUUGGCGCGGGCCGAGGCUGAGGCUCCCGUGGCUAGCAGACUGUAG